AUGAAUCCAGCAUCAAGGAAGAACAGAAAGAAUGGUCGGGGGUCUGGUCAGCCGGCUCCCUCGUACGGUUCCUGGAAUCCUAAUGCCCCGCCUCGGGAUGUACGUCAAAGUGUUGAAUACGGGGUCAACUCCAUGCAAGACAACUUUCAGCCGUCGCCAUAUUCUCAUAUGCCGAAUAUGAACCAAGCUUCUGGGUAUCAGAUACCGCAGGCCAAUUCGACAUCACAGGGUUAUCAAUCUCAGGGUUAUGCUCCUCCCAUGCAACAGCAUGGCCUACCACAAAUGCCUGGGAUGCAAAAUCAACCACCAUUCGGCAAUUUCAGUGGUCUGCCCCAGAAUCAAAUAGGCAUGGACCCAGGCUUUUUCCAAAUGAUGCAGAAUAUGCCAAUAAUGUUCCCUGGCUUUGAUAACACAAUGGCGAACUUGCCCCCGCUUCCUUUCCCCCCUUUCGACAUGAACAUGAACAUGAACAUGAAUUCUCCCCUGUCUUAUGAAACCACCCGGCCCAUGAGUACAAUGGCGCAUGGCUCAAGAGACCGGUUUACACCUGACCCCUCCCGAAAACGAAGAUCGCCAACACCGCAAGUCAAGGUCCCUCUACCGACGCUGCAAUACACAAACCAAGCAUCAUUGAAACCACAAAAGUCGGCAAAACGACCGCUGCUCAUCAUUCUCGAUUUGAACGGCACUCUUAUCUUCCGCAAGCAGCGCAAGUUUCCUCCGAAAUUCGCCAGACGCGCCGGCCUCGAUCAUUUCCUAGCCACACUAAUCAAAAACUACAAAGUCAUGAUCUGGUCCAGCUCCCAACCACCGACCGUAAACGCAGUCUGCGAGCAGUUGUUCCCGGAGCCAAUGCUUGAAGCACUCGUUGCACGCUGGGGCCGUGACAGGUUCGGCCUCACCGCUGGUCAAUACAACUCCAAGCUCCAAGUUUACAAAGAGCUACACAAAGUCUGGGCGGAGCCAGGGAUUCAAGGCGCGUUCCCAGGCAAUGAGCAUCUGCAGGAGGCCGCCCUUCCAGCAGGGGUAAAGCCAAAACACAACACUCGCAAGAUUGCAGAGGCUGCCAAGCUUCAACCGGGUCACCGCUGGGACCAGACGAAUACCAUCCUCAUCGAUGAUAGCCGACUCAAAGCUUCCAGCGAGCCGUUCAACAUCCUCGAGAUUCCAGAGUUCAACGAUGAUCCGAACAUCGAUGAGUCCAGGCUCUUCGCCAAGGUCCUCGCCCGUCUUGAUUACCUUGCCCAGUACGACGACGUGAGCAAGGUCCUCCGCGAAUGGGACGAGCGCGUCGACAAGGGCGAGGGCAGUAUCCUGGAUCUGGAUAUUGGAUUGCAAGAGGAUUCCGCUGAUAGCGAGGACGGUGGCAUGAGUCUCUUUCCAGAGCAGUUGAAUGGCACUUUCAACGCCAAUCCCGUCACAUCCGAUUAUCCGACUGGUCAUACCCCCCUUACUACCAAAGCUGUACCGAAAGUCAAGAAAAAUAAGAAAGCAAAGGCAAGAGCAAAAGCUGCCGCCGCUGCCGAUGCCGCUGCCGCCAACGCUGAUUCUGCAGCAAUCGUUCUGACAACCGCACAUAUCCUAUCCACCAGACCCCCAGCCGCAAAUACCCCAGCCACCAACCCACCACAAAUCCAUCCAGACCAAGAGCAACAAAGAGGCCAGGUGAAACUCUCCCGAAACCAGCGCAAAAAGGCCAGGCAAGAAAGAGAAGCGCAAGCUAAACUUCUCGCUGCGGAAGCAGACCAACAACCCAACACCGACUCCGUACCAAGCAAUCCCGCGGCAAGCGAACAAAUCAAACCAACCGAACCCGAGAUAAUCGAUCUCACAGACGACAUCUUGUCAAGCCGCCAAAGCGUCCGCCGCAAGCAAAAGGCCAAUAAACGGAAAGCCCUAGCUUUAUCCGAGGAAUUGGAUCUCCCUACCUCCGCUCCCGAGUCUACCGAGGGAGAGUCUGCACCAAGAUACAACUUCCGGAAGAGGAGUGUUGAGGACGACGCUGGUAUUUCUCAUGGUCUUCCCACCUCCGAGACUAUUGCGGUGGACGUCGCAGAUGUACCUGAGACUGAAUCCACACCUGAGUACUUGCCUCCAGAUGCCGAUGCUGGGACGCGAAUUAAUCUGGCUCGUUCGCCGUCGCCGGCCUCGUCGGUUGCGUCGAGGAACUCGCUGCUUGAUCGGCUUGAGGAGGGGCUUGGGAUGUCCAGGCGAUGA